AGUCUUUUCCGGAAGAACUGGCUUGGCGGUCAGCACCCGGCUGGUGUUCCAAGCCCAGGCCCUGGCUCAGGCCGGUGUUCCAGAACCUCACUGGAAGAUAGGCUGGAGGCCGCGACGACACUCUGGUAACCGCGGAAGGCGCGGUAGGCGCGGGUUGAGGUGCUGGGACUCAUCGCGGAGCGAGCCGCGGGACUGGGGGACGUGGCGGCUCCUCCUCCGUGGCCCGGAGCGGAACUGCUGAAGGAGCGGCAGCGCAGGCCCGACGAGGUGAACCGGGUUACUUAACUGCCUUCAGCAACCUAAUAAGCUGAUUUGAGGUCUCCAGCCCUUUGUGGCCUGCUACAGAACAGUUUUAAGUGGAUGAUUGGUGUUUCUUGAGGGGUGCCGCAGCGACUGCUUGCCCUUGAUAAGAAAAGCAAGCUGUCUUGCUUUUCGGACAGCCUCGUUUCCUGUGAACCCAUCAGGUUAGAACUCCUUUCUCCAGCAUACGACUCAAAAGGAAAGCUUUCACAUGAAAGUGUCUCUUGGUAACGGCGAUAUGGGCGUCUCUGCCCACUUGCAGCCUUGUAAGGCAGGAACUACAAGAUUUUUUACCAGCAAUACUCAUAGUUCGGUGGUAUUGCAAGGCUUUGAUCAGCUAAGAAUAGAAGGAUUGCUCUGUGAUGUGACCCUGGUACCCGGUGAUGGAGAUGAAAUCUUCCCUGUUCACCGAGCUAUGAUGGCGUCUGCCAGUGAUUAUUUCAAGGCUAUGUUCACAGGUGGAAUGAAAGAACAAGAUUUAAUGUGCAUUAAGCUUCAUGGGGUGAACAAAGUUGGUCUGAAGAAAAUAAUUGAUUUUAUAUAUACUGCAAAACUGUCUCUUAAUAUGGACAAUCUUCAGGACACACUAGAAGCUGCCAGCUUUUUACAAAUUUUGCCUGUUUUGGACUUCUGCAAAGUAUUUCUUAUAUCAGGAGUCUCUUUGGAUAACUGUGUUGAGGUUGGACGAAUUGCUAACACGUAUAAUCUCAUAGAAGUAGAUAAAUAUGUUAAUAAUUUCAUCCUAAAGAACUUUCCUGCUUUAUUGAGUACUGGGGAGUUUCUAAAACUUCCUUUUGAACGGCUUGCCUUUGUGCUUUCCAGUAAUAGUCUUAAGCAUUGUACUGAACUUGAACUCUUCAAGGCUGCCUGCCGUUGGCUGAGACUGGAAGACCCUCGGAUGGAUUAUGCAGCAAAAUUAAUGAAGAAUAUUCGAUUUCCACUGAUGACACCACAAGACCUCAUCAAUUAUGUGCAGACAGUUGAUUUCAUGAGAACAGACAAUACCUGUGUGAAUUUGCUUUUGGAAGCUAGCAAUUACCAAAUGAUGCCUUAUAUGCAGCCAGUGAUGCAGUCAGACAGAACUGCUAUUCGAUCUGAUUCUACUCACUUGGUUACAUUAGGAGGAGUUUUGAGGCAGCAGCUGGUUGUUAGUAAAGAAUUACGGAUGUAUGAUGAAAGAGCUCAAGAGUGGAGAGCCUUAGCCCCUAUGGAUGCUCCUCGUUACCAGCAUGGCAUUGCUGUCAUUGGAAACUUCCUUUAUGUAGUUGGUGGUCAGAGUAAUUAUGAUACAAAAGGAAAAACUGCUGUUGAUACAGUUUUCAGAUUUGAUCCUCGGUAUAAUAAAUGGAUGCAGGUAGCAUCGUUAAAUGAAAAGCGCACAUUCUUCCACUUGAGUGCCCUCAAAGGACAUUUAUAUGCAGUUGGUGGGCGCAGUGCAGCUGGUGAACUGGCCACAGUAGAAUGUUACAAUCCAAGAAUGAAUGAAUGGAGCUAUGUUGCAAAAAUGAGUGAACCCCACUAUGGGCAUGCUGGAACAGUGUAUGGAGGCUUAAUGUAUAUUUCUGGAGGAAUUACCCACGACACUUUUCAAAAUGAGCUUAUGUGUUUUGAUCCAGAUACAGACAAAUGGACACAGAAGGCUCCAAUGACUACAGUCAGAGGUCUGCAUUGCAUGUGUACAGUUGGAGAUAAGCUCUAUGUCAUUGGUGGCAACCAUUUCAGAGGAACAAGUGAUUAUGAUGAUGUUCUAAGCUGUGAAUACUAUUCACCAACCCUUGACCAAUGGACACCAAUUGCUGCUAUGUUAAGAGGUCAAAGUGAUGUUGGAGUUGCUGUCUUUGAAAACAAAAUCUAUGUUGUUGGUGGAUAUUCGUGGAAUAACCGUUGUAUGGUAGAAAUUGUCCAGAAGUAUGACCCAGAAAAAGAUGAGUGGCAUAAGGUUUUUGAUCUUCCAGAGUCACUUGGUGGCAUUCGAGCUUGUACCCUCACUGUUUUUCCACCUGAAGAAAACCCUGGCUCACCUUCUAGAGAAUCACCUCUUUCAGCACCUUCAGAUCAUUCUUAGGUCUGAAGUAUAGUAUCUUUACAGCAGGACAUGGAUAAAUUCAUGCUUCCCUUCAGUGGUAUCUUGUGAUUGAUACAGUUAUUACACAAAAAGGGUCUCCAUGGACUUACCCACAGGCCGGGUCAAGUGGCGCCCCAACGUGGGACCCGAGAAUGGGGGACUUAGUGAGGGACACUGCUCGUGGGCCCAAAGUAGAAAAAGGAAAAGAAAACAGAGGACCGAUGUGGAAGCCUGCCAUGCUGCUGAACCUCGGUAAGUGAACAGAGAUUACGGGACAAGAAAUUAGCCAGCAUGAGACUUUUGUUGAAAGUUUUGAAGAGCUUUAAAGAUGCAAAGGGUAAAGGAAAAAAAAUUUAGCAAUUGUGUCCACUAGGACAAGAAAUGAGCCAACAUGAUAUUUUUGUUAAAAGCUUAAGAAAGACUUUAAAGACGCAAAGGGUAAAGGAAAAAAAAUUAAGCAAUUGUCCAUUAGGGCUUAAUAAACUUUAACUCGGGGAGCAAAGCGACCCAGUAACUGCUAGCACCCAAUCCCUUCCAGGCUUAAUACUGCAGCCUCGCCACGCACCAGGUGGCUGGUGCAGAUAAAGCCCUUAGUGUGGCCUUAGUCACACACGCCCCUCCCCCAUACUGUAAUGGCCAUAUAGCCAGCUUCAGCAUGUUUAACUUUCCAUAUUAGGAAGGAAUUAAGAGACCAAAUUGAACUUGUAAGACAACAGAUUAAACUGAAAAAAGAACAUCAGGAUUUAAUAGCUCGAUUAAAAAAGCUAAAAAUAGCAAAAUUUAAAAUGAAAAGUGAAACUAACCCCAGCGUUUCCUCCGGGAUUUCUCCUGCUCAGUGACCCCUGCUGAGAGGCAUGAUUUCUAAAUUUACCCCCCUGGCCUGAUCCAAUAUUAAAGCUAGAUGAGGCCAGGCCUCCCUUCACCUGCUGCUAUACCUUUGGGCUAUUUUUAAAUUGUCAUAGAUCUCAAGGAUUGCUUUUUUACUAUCCCUCUACAUCCAGAUGAUCAAAGGCAUUUUGCUUUUAGUUUACCAGUUAUUAAUUUUAGAGCACCCAUGCAAAGAUUCCAAUGGCAGGUUUUCCCACAAGGCAUGGCAAACAGUGCUGCCCUAUGCCAGUCUUUUGUUGCUUCAGCAAUACAGUCUACAAGAGACCACUGGCCAGAAAUAUAUCUCAUUCAUUAUAUGGAUAACAUCCUGAUAGCUGGAAAUAAUGGGGAAAAAGUUUUGAGGUGCUAUGAUGCAUUACAAGCUGCCUUACAAGAUAAAAAGGACUUGAGAUAGCCCCUGACAAAGUUUAACUCACUGUCCCAUAUACAUAUUUGGGUUUUCAAAUGAAGGGACCUCAGAUUUCUUCUCAAAAUAUACAGUUGAGGCUAGAUAAACUUCAGACCUUAAAUGAUUUUCAAAAACUUCUUGGGGACAUUACCUGGCUCAUGCCCUACUUAAAAAUUAGUAAGAGUGAAUUAAAACUCCUAUGAUAUCUUACACGAUAAUCUUGACCCUACAUCCCCUUGCAAACUCUCUCCAGAAGGAAAACAGGCAAUACAUGCUGUUGAGCAAGCCAUUCAAUACCAGACCAUUACUUUUAUAGAUUAUGGUAAACCCUUGAAAUUUAUCAUAUGCAGGACCACUCUUUCUCCAACUGCUGUCUUCUGGCAGACAGCACCGUUAAUGUGGAUUCAUUUGCCAGCAACACCUAAAAAGGUCAUUGAACCCUAUUAUCAGGCUGUAUCUACCCUCAUUCUCUUGGAAGAGAACAAGGAAAAUGUUAUUUUGCUAAGUAAUCAGAUAUUAUCGUACUGCCUUAUACCAAAAAACAGAUUGAUUGGCUCAUGUAAACAACUGAAUUCUGGCCCAUUGCCCUUGCCUCCUACACAGGGCUUAUUGACAACCAUUAUCUCCCAGACAAACUUAUUGAAUUUUCCAGUUGGCAUUCAUUUAUCUUCCCUGUGAUCACACAGUUCGAACCAUUAAAAAAUGCUUUGUUGGUAUUUACUGAUGGCUCCUCAACUGCUUUAACAGCCUAUGUUUUUCAAAACCAAACUGUAUCCUCCCAAACAAACAAUACAUCAGCCCAGAUCACAGAGUUGCAUGCUGUCGCUGCAGCCCUUUCAGCAUUUCCCAAUCAGCCCGUGAAUUUAUGUACUGACAGUGCUUAUAUUGCACACUCUGUGCCCCGGCUAGAAACAGCUGGCCAAAUCAAAACUGCCUCCAGCACUGGAGAACUGUUUAGGCAAAUACAGGUGCUUAUUAUAAAAAGAACUUGCCCUUUUUUUAUUGGACAUAUACGUGCUCACUCUGGGUUACCAGGACCUCUGGCCAAUGGUAAUCUUACAGCAGACCUGGCUACUUGACCGCAAGCUCUCCUUUGUACUUUAGCUAAUGUUAGCUCCAGUGAUCGUGAUGACAAUGUUACUUCAGCACAAAAGAGUCCUCAAUUACACCAUCUCAAUGCCCAAACCCUCUGUCUUAUGCACAAGAUCACUAGAGAGCCAGCCAGACCGAUAGUAAAACAUUGCCCCUCUUGUGCCAUGCACCUCCCAGUUUCACACUUUGGGGUUAAUCCUAGAGGACUUGUCCCCAAUGCAUUAUGGCAAAUGGAUGUCACCCACAUUCCUGAGUUUGGCAAUCUUAAAUAUGUUCAUGUAACUAUAGAUACCUUUAGUGGUUUCAUCUAUGCCUUUCCCCAGACUGGCGAAGCUACCAAACAUGUUAUUAGCCAUAUGUUAACUACCUUAUCAGUUUGGUGAUGCCCACAACAAUUAAAGACUGAUAAUGGUCCAGGCUAUGCUAGUUCUGUCUUCGCCCAUUUCUGUCAACAUCUUAAUGUUCAUCAUAUAAAAGGCAUACCUUAUAACCCUCAAGAUCAAGGCAUAGUUGAAAGGCACAUCUCUCUCCCUAAAACUCACUGUUAAUAAAUAAAAAAGGGGGAAAGGUACCCCACAAGGGGAACACCUAAAAAUAUUCUAUCUCAUGCCUUAUUCAUCCUGAAUUUUUUAAAUUUGGAAGCUGCUGGACAAUCAGCAGCCACUCAUCUCUGGCAUACUGAAGCAAAAGCAAUUUGCUUCUGUACCAUGGAGAGACCCUCUGACUAACUCAUGACAUGGUCCAGACCCAGUCCUUAUCUGGGGACGAGGAUCAGUAUGCAUUUACUCUAAAGAGAUGAAAUCUGCGAGAUGGCUGCCAGAAUGACUGGUUAAACAAAUAGAUCAAAUACAACAAAUAGAGGAUAAUGUUACAGAUGACUCCAGGUACGAAAAAUGACCCCUGAGAGAAUUUUUUCGCAGCUUUUGUUUUUUAGAUGAUGGAACUGACAGCCUGGAUCCUGUCUCUUGGGAUUAUGAAAAUAAGUUGAUGGCUUUUGUCAAACAACAGGUGGAUGCCAUAAAAAUGCAACCUACAGGUCCAUUAUCACAGGCUUAGAAUGGCUGACAGAGAAAAUUAUGUGGAGCCUGCAAAACUGUAUUAUGAUAAUGCUUUGUGAAAGCAUGCUGCCCACUCCACUUCUCUUGCCUUGGUGCGAUAGACUGGAUAGCCAGAGACGGGUAACUGGGCCUCACAUGGGAUGCCAACCUCCACUUAAGACAGGAACUGGGCCUCUCGCUGCCCUGCCUUCCAAUGGCGGGUAAGGCUAGGUUGGCCCUUUGUGGAAGUGCCCUGAUCCAAGACAGGCACAGUCUCCUCAAGGAUGCAGCCUCUUAUAUGCCCCUUAUAUUUUAAAGUAAAGGGGGACCUAUGGGAAGCCCUGUAAUUGGCUGCCACCUUAUAUCUACAGGCUGCACCACCUUAAUUCCCUCUAGGAGUUAAGUUUGGUAAUUAAGCAGCACCUUGCCCAGCUUGUUUAGCCUGGCUCAUUAUUCAGGGAUUAUGCUUAUGAGCCCGCGUGCAGGAAAUUUGAAUUGACCUAUGACCAUUGUUCUUGCCACUGUUGCUAAGUUACCUGCUGAUGUCUCAGAACCCAAGCCCUCCUCCCCAAUACCCUCUAUAUUUGAUACUCAUUCUUUGAAUAAAUGAGACUUGAUUG